GCAGGACAACGCCACACACGGUACUGCGCAUGCGCUGAGGUUUGCCUGGCUCUGCUCAGGCGGUGUGAUCUGACGUCAUCGUCGUCUCCUGGUAGAGAACCCGGAUGUGAGUGAUGCUGCUGAGGUUCGAUCAGGAAACUGAUGGUUUUCAUGGAAAACACCGCGGAUUGUUGGAGACAAGACUGAGCGCCUGACUGUCCCCCGGACACCGAGUCCCCCGGACACCGAGUCCCCCGGACACCGUCAGCACGACAGAGUUAUCACGGUUCCUGUCCGGUUGCUGAGAGGAGGCCAGCAGGAUGAGCGGGGCGGCUCUGGGUAUCGAGAUCGUGGUGGUCUUCUUCCUGGCUCUGUUCCUGCUGCACCGAUAUGGAGACUUCAAAAAGCAGCAGCGCAUGGUGCUGUUCGGCACGCUGCUGGCCUGGUACCUGUGUUUCCUCAUCGUCUUUAUUUUACCUCUGGAUGUCAGCACGACCAUCUACAAGCAGUGUAAGAUCGACCACGAGGAGCCCGCCUCGGCCCCCACCCACAGCCCCAAUCCAUCCAAUCACACAACGGCGAACACAACCGUCACACCCUCUAAAAGUGUCCUGAAGCCCUGCUACAAGCCCUGGAGCUACAUCCCUGAUGGUAUCAUGCCCGUGUUCUGGAGGGUGGUGUACUGGACGUCCCAGUGUCUCACCUGGCUGCUGCUGCCCUUCAUGCAGUCGUACGCUCGCUCUGGAGGUUUCUCCAUCACCGGGAAGAUUAAAACAGCUCUGAUAGAGAAUGCUAUUUAUUACGGGACCUACCUGCUCAUCUUCGGCUCUCUGCUCAUCUACGUGGCCGUUCAUCCGGAGUGGCACCUGUCCUGGUACGAGCUGCAGACCAUCGGGAUCACAGCCGCGAACACCUGGGGUCUGUUCCUGCUGGUGCUGCUGCUCGGCUACGGUCUGGUGGAAAUCCCUCGGUCCUACUGGAACGCCUCACGACACGGACACUUACUCAUCAAGACCUACUUCAAGGCGUCCAAGCUGAUGACGGAGAAGGCGGAUGCAGAGGAGAACCUGGAGGACGUGAUGGAGGAGGUGAGAAAAGUCAGUGAAUCCAUCAAGUAUAACCAUCCGCUGAGGAAGUACAUCGACACCAUCCUCCGAAAGUGUCCCGUGGAUUACCAAGAGAAGAUGGGCAGGAACAUGGACGACUACGAGGACUUUGAUGACAAACAGAACACCUACCCCAGUGAGAAGAGCCUGGUGAAGCUUCACAAACAGGUGAUCUAUGCGGUUCAGAGACACAACCGGACUCGGGUCCAGUGGCAGAUCCUGCUGCAGCAGGCCAUCCACCUGGAGGACGUCGCCAAGAACGAGACCAGUUCGACCCACCAGUUCGUCCACAGCUUCCCGUCGUCUGAGCCGACCGGCUGGUUCAGCAGAUACGUGUACACGCCGACUGUAGAGUGGCACUGGGAGUGUCUCCUGAAGCGCUGGUUCUAUCGGCUGCUGUCGGUGGUUCUGACCCUGUUCAGUGUGGCCGUGGUCUGGUCCGAGUGCACCUUCUUCAGCACCCGGCCCGUCCUGUCCCUGUUCGCCGUCUUCAUCCAGCUGGCUGAGCGAGAGUACAACUACCUGUACAUCGAGAUGGCGUGCUUCAUCACCAUCUUCUUCCUGUGUACCUGCGUUUACUCCACCGUGUUCCGGAUCCGGGUCUUUAACUACUACUACCUGGCCUCCCACCACCAGACCGACGCCUACAGCCUCCAGUUCAGCGGCAUGUUGUUCUGCCGCCUGACGCCUCCUCUGUGUCUGAACUUCCUGGGUCUGAUCCACAUGGACUCUGCCAUCUCCCACCAGCAGAAGGAGCAGACCGCCUACACCUCGAUCAUGGGAUCCAUGCGUGUUCUCUCUUUCAUCGCUAACGGGUUCUACAUCUACUACCCCAUGCUGAUCGUCAUCCUCUGCAUCGCCACCUACUUCAGUUUGGGGACUCGAUGCUUGAACCUUCUGGGCUUCCAGCAGUUUGUGGGCGACAGUGAAAUGACCUCAGACCUGAUUGACGAGGGCAAGGAGCUGAUCCGACGAGAGAAAAGAAAGCGGCAAAGGAUUGAAGAUGGAGAGAACAGACGGAGAGAGUGGAAGGAGCGUUAUGGGAACCCGAGAGACGACUACACGGCGAGGAACAGGAGCAGCCAUGAAAUGAAGGAGACCAGCUACUCGGACACGGUGGCGCCCAGCAACAACAGACAAGCGAAGUAUUCUCGCUCUGGGAGUCGGCCGGAGAGAGACUGCAUCGAGCUGCUGCAGGACGCCGAACCGUUGGAUUUCAACGCCGACUCCCUGACAGACGACCCCCUGGAGUCUGAGUCCGGCAGACACGCGGGAGGACGUUACCUGUCCAUGUCGUCGUCUCGAAGCCGAAUAUUCGACGAUGUCUGACGGGAGUUAAACUGGAACACACGUGACGACACUGUCUACAGGAAGUGAAUGUACCAUAUGACCUCCAUCUCACAGCUCAUUGGCUGUCCCCUCAUCUCCCAGGAUGCAUGGUAAUAAAAAACAAACAGGUCACACGUCUCUCCAUGAACACUGCUGGGCUGCAGCUGAUUGGAGGCUCGUUGAAGGAUUAUUAAUGUUACAUAAAGCGUUUGCAGUGACGAUGACUCCUCCCGUCUGUCCGAGCUGCAUGUGGCAGGAGUUUCCCUCUAACUGUCUGAGCAUGCUCAGUGUGAGUCUGCAGCACGGCCACACGUCACAUCACUGUAACCACAGAUUCAAUGAAGGCUCAUGAGCUUAUUUAUAUGUUUUAUUCUUAUGUUCAUGUUCAUGUUGUGCAUUUAUUUAUCUGUUCGUCCUCUUCAGCUGCUCAUUCAGUCGGUUCAUGGAUCAGCUGAUCAAAAGAAACUUGAUCUGCAGCUUCACAGUGAAAAUGAAUCUGAAGACGAUUAAUCCUGACAGUAACCGACGGAUUGAUCAUCUGAAUGUUUAUAACUGAUUUAUAUCUAAUCAUGUAAUAAAGUCUGAUUGAUUAGCAGUGAUCAUACGUAUGUAGAUCUCAUAUGGAAACAAACAGAAGCUGAAAUCAUUUGAACUGAAUCACGACUGAAUUCUUGAUGUGGAGAUAAAAAUGUCGUCUGAAAUUAAAACAACAAAGUUUAUUUUUCUCUGAACUGAUUAAAGUUCUUGUCAAAAUAUAUUUUCAGUUCAUUUUGAUGUUCUGACUCAGAUUCAGAUAUAAAUCCGAACAGACGAGCGGUUCGUCCUCGUGGUUGUCAGACGUCAGACGAUCUUUGACCGUCAGAAUCGAAUCAGUUUGUUCUUGAGUCCAUCAGAACAUCUGGUCCGUGAGAGAUCUCGCUCACGGAUGAGACGGACGAUCAACCCAAAGACAUGAAUUCAAGUAAAAAAAUCCUGUGUUACUGUUUGUCGUCCUGCCUGAGCAGCUGGGUUCUCCUGCCUUGCUCGAGGGCACCUUGGUGGUAACGAGGGCGGCAGAGUCACAUGUGAUGAUGUUCACUUUAACACUGAUUCUACGUUAUGUGAGUUAUGUGAAGGUACUUUUUUAAGUUGUUGGAUCAGAAUUUAACCAACUGGAUUUGAAGUUUUUUGGUUCAGACGGAUGAUUUCAUGUUUGCAUGUUUCCGUAUGAAGUUUUGAGUUGUGAUCGAUUUAUUGAAUUAUUUGCCUCCACACUUUGAAUACAGUGUCACUUUACUUCCUGUGUGUUUGUUCUCAUCAUGUGAUCGUUGUGCUUCAGAACCAUCUGAAGCGGGUUCUGCCCUCCAUGUUGUGCCAUAAAUGUGAGAAUGUUCCUUUACUGUACAAACAUGCCGACAUGAUUUAAACUCGACAUCGCAGCUCAUCGUUUCUUCAAAGCUGCAGAGUUUAGAGAACAGCACAUCUGGAUCGGCUGGUCCAACUGAGCAGAAGUGUCAGAACAAGUUUGUGAUACAGGAAGUUUUUAUGUUGGAGCUGGUUCUGAUCCAGAGCAGCGAGCUUGUUUUAAUCACAGACGCUCAACAGAACAACGUAACUGAUGAAGGAGAUGAAACUUAAGAGUCACAGAGGAUAAAAUGAUUCCACUUCGUCUGUCUUCUGUGUGAUGGAGAGAUGAGGUCAGGAGGUUCUGGUGGUGACUUGGAGCGGUCCAGGUUUGAUUUAAAAUGAGUCUGUUAGCUCCGUCGUCACCCCAGAACCAGAAAGCAAAUGACGGACAGACUGAAACAGCGGCGAGUGUUUUGUGGAGCAACAAGCGUUUCAGGACAACUGCUGUCGGGCAAACAGGUUUUUUUGGACCGUUGGGGUUCAGGAACAGUGGGCCGUACCAGCUGCGCUACCUGUGUUUCACCUGCACACAUUUUCCUCUUUGCUAUGAUGCAUGAUGCGUUUUCUCUCAGCUCCUCUUAUAGUCCGACGAGAUGAAGUCAGAACCGCUCCACAUCUCAUGUAUUCUCCAUCAGAAAGUUCUGUAGAUAUAUUUAAUGAUAUUUUAGAGUUUGUAACUUCCUGGAAAAUCAUUAGACUGUUGAUGACUCAUCCUGCACUCGGGGGCGUGUCUGUUGAUUAUUUGUCAAAUCAGUGCUUUCUUUAUUUUGUAAAAAAGAAGUCAAGUCGCUCGGGACCUGAAAAUACCCCAAAUUACCUGGACCACCUGCAGACGUGGCGGACCCCGACACUAACAGGGACUGCUGCCUGAAGAGGUAAUCACCAGGACGACAUGUUGAUCGGAGCUUCCUCCGAGGCGCAGCAGGUUAAUGUGUUACAAACAGCGGUCUGGCCCUUUAAGUGUGUUUAGCACGUAGCAUUAGCUCUGGAGGUGAUGAGGUUCCUGCUGGCAGGUUCAUGAAUAUCAUCAGGAGAAACUGACCUGAGAACAGCGACUGUUCACCUCGUCUGUCCGUCAUCUGUACAUAUGUAAGAUGUAUAUUUUGUAUUUGAACGGUGUGACAGUGACUUUGUGUUCCUGCAGCCUGUCGAGUGUCUCACUGCUGAUGUUCUGAUUAUCUGAAUAUUUAUUGUCCAUCAUGAUCGAGCACGUUGGUCAGACGGACAGAAGACAGAAGUGGAUCCGUCUCAGUUACAGUCUGAACAGAUGAUGAUGUGUUUCCUCUGCUGCUGUGUUGUGUCAGUAAAACCAUACGAACA